AUGACUAGUUUACCUAAUACUUUGUCUGAUGGCCGGAGAACAACCGCCGGUAAGGCGCCGGAGAAGUUCAAGUUUUCUCAGACUUGUAGUCUGUUGAGUCAAUUCUUGAAGGAGAAGAGAAUUUCUGGUGAUUCUGCUUCUGGAAUGUUUGGGAAAAUUGAACCUAAAGGAGGUGGUAAGGAUUCUUUUGGUAAUAUGAAAAACUCAGAAGGUGGUUUGAGACUAAAUGCAUCUGAUAUGGAAUCUCUUCCUCAGCUUGUGGAAAAUCCUUGCAUUAAGAAAACUAAUACAAGAUCGACGGCUCCUGAAACGCCGCAACUGACGAUUUUCUAUGCCGGGAAAAUGUUAGUAUUCGACGCUUUUGCACCCGCGAACGCAACCGAGAUCAUGGAGUUGGCGACAAAGUUAGCCUCUGAAAAUUCAAACACAGAAGAAAACCCCCCCUCUGCACCUGUCACAAGUGAAAAACCAAAAUCAAAGGAAUCACAAAUUCCUCAACCGAACACUUCCCUAGAAACAUCUAAACCAGAAAACCAAACCAAUUCUUCAGAUAUGAGAUAUCCAAGAAGAGCCUCACUUCUUAAAUUUCUUGAAAAAAGAAAAGAAAGGGUCAUUGCUAGAGGACCUUACCAAAUUAACAAUCACAAAAAUGAGGGUAAUAAUAGUUCAGGAGGAGAACCUAAAGGUCAACAACACUUUGACCUUAACUUAUAG